UUCCUUCUUAUCCUUAUUAUCUCAAACAUAUUCAGAUCCAUCUCUGAAUUAAAAACUAUGGUCUUUCCCUUGGUUCUUCUGAAGCUUGCAGAUUGGCUCUUGUACCAGUUCUUGUCUAUUCCAUGCUAUCUAGCAGGGAGGAAGAUUGGAAACUAUGUCUUCUUUUAUAGAAACCCAUCUCUCAAAUCAUCACAACAUGCUUCUUCUCCAUUCCCAAGUGUGACCAACUGCAGUUUAGAGUGUAGGGAUUCUCAAACCUUGGUUUGUGAUAUUAAUGGCACCUUAUUGAGGUCUCAGUCUUUCUUUCCUUAUUUCAUGUUGGUUGCUUUUGAGGGUGGAAGCAUUGUCAGAGCUUUUCUAUUGCUUCUCUCAUGUCCUCUUUUAUGGGUUGUGGACCAUGACCUUAAGUUGAGGGUCAUGGUAUUUAUAACCUUUUGUGGACUUAGGAAGAAGGAUGUGCAGAGUGUUGGAAGAGCUGUUAUGCCCAAGUUUUUCCUUGAAAAUCUCAACCUUCAGGUCUAUGAGGUGUUGGCUUCAACUGGGAAUAGGGUUGUUUUUACUAGUGUCCCUCGAGUGAUGGUUGAGUGGUUUCUCAAGGACUAUUUAGGGGUAAGUGAUGUUGUGGGAACUGAACUGCAGAGUGUUGGGAACUAUUUUACUGGUUUCCUAUCAGAAUCAGGGUUGCUUGUGAAGCACAAGGCUCUCCAGGAGUUCUUUGGAGAUAGCAAACCUGACAUUGGCCUUGGAAGUUCAAGUCCCCAUGACCACUUGUUCAUCUCUCUUUGCAAGGAAGCAUAUGUGGUGAAUAAGGAAGAGUACAAGAAGAGAGGAAGUUCAGUGAUGCCUAGAGAGAGAUAUCCCAAGCCUCUAAUAUUCCAUGAUGGGAGGCUUGCUUUCUUACCCACCCCUUUUGCAACUCUUUCUAUGUUCCUAUGGCUUCCUCUAGGGUUAACACUUGCCAUCUUCAGAUUGUGUCUGGGUAUCUUUCUCCCUUACAAUUUAGCCUUCAAAUUGGGUAAUUGGAGUGGUGUUGAAAUAAAGGUCAAAGGGUUCAUUAAUCCAUCAAAAUCAGCUAAAAGAACAAAAGGGGUUCUCUAUGUUUGCACUCACAGAACUCUCUUGGAUCCUGUGUUCCUCAGCACAGUAUUAGAGAAACCUCUAACUGCAGUCACAUACAGCCUUAGCAAAAUUUCAGAAUUCUUAGCCCCCAUGAAGACAGUGAGGUUGACAAGAGAUAGGAAACAAGAUGGAGAAACAAUGCAGAGACUACUAAGUGAAGGAGAUCUAGUAGUUUGCCCUGAAGGAACCACAUGUAGAGAACCAUAUCUAUUGAGGUUCAGUUCUUUGUUUGCUGAGUUAGCUGAUGAGAUUGUUCCUGUGGCAAUUAAUACACAUGUCAGCAUGUUUUAUGGGACAACAGCAAGUGGGUUCAAAUGUUUGGACCCCUUUUUCUUCUUGAUGAACCCAACUCCUAGUUACCAUAUUCAGUUACUCGGGAAGGUUCCAAGAGAGCUAACAUGCGCUGGGGGUAGGUCCAGCUUUGAGGUGGCCAACCAUAUACAGAGACAACUAGCAGAUGCUUUGGGAUUUGAAUGCACAAACUUAACAAGGAAAGACAAGUAUAUGAUGCUUGCAGGGAAUGAAGGGAUAGUCAAUGAUAAGAAAAAGAUCAAGUCAUGAUUAUAAGUUAUUUAAAAUUG